AUGGAUGAAACAGGGUUUGUUAUUUCUCCUAGAGUCCAAAAGAUACUUGCUAAAAAAGGUGCUUGUCAAGUCCACAAAAUUGCUUAUAGUAAUGUGCAUAAGCAUAUAUCUGUUGCUUCAACUAUUUCUGAUCCUGAUAGUUAUAUACCACUAUUAUUUAUCUAUAAAGAUGUUUAUGUGAUUCCAGGCUUGCUAACUGAUGCUCUACCUGAUAAUGUUAUGGCUUUCACAGAUUCUGGAUAUAUGAAAGAAAGUAUAUUUGAAAUGUAUAUUAAACAUUUUGUUAAUUCAAUUCUAUCUUCUUAUUCUGUCCUCCUAAUUCUUGAUGGACAUAAAAAUAACAUUAAUUAUAUAUGUGUUAAUUUUUGUUACAAAAACAACAUUCUAUUAUAUGCCCUUUCACCACAUACUACCUAUAUUCUUCAGUUGACCGAAAUUCUGUUUUUAAAACUUAAAAAAGAAUAUAAUAAAGGUUGUAAUAGACUUCAUAAUAUUAAUGACAAAAUAGUAUCAAAAUAUUCUUUUGUCAGCAUACUUGAACUGACAUAUAUCAAAACUUUUAUACCUGAAAUGAUUAUGAAUUCAUUUAAAACUACAGGAAUUUGA